AUGGCGAGAUUCUCUCUGGGUGGAGAAGAUGAUAGCGAGGGACCCAGCAGCUCAUGGCCCAGGCAUAAGAAGCAGAGGACCAUAGCUGGUAUUACUCGGCCACAGCUGCAAGAAGACCAUUACGACAACGAACGAGAAAACCCAGAACCAGAGGAGGAGGAGGAAGAAGAAGAAGAAUUAGUAUCCGAACGUUAUGACGAGGAAGGAGAAGAAGAGGAGGAUCGGAGUAGAACAAAUGAGGGACGGGUUCGAAGCGGUGGUGGAAAGGGGCAGAUCAAGGAUGGUGAAUUGGUGGGACCCAGUGGAGACGGUUCAAUUCCUGUGAUUCUAACCGACCCAGAUGUGUUGGAUUGCCCUAUCUGCCUUGAACCCUUGAGCAUCCCUGUCUUUCAGGCCGACUGAUUAAGCCAAGAUUUUGGAGACCGAAGCCUCUAGAGGGAGCGAAACAAGUUUGAGUUGCCUCCGUUCCAUCUCAUGGACUCCAAGGUAGUACUUCAUUCGGUCAAAGGGACUUGUAUAUGCCUAAGUCCAUUGGUUUGAGAAAUGUUACUGUGGUAGCUUUUGUCAAAAAAGGUCUUAAAGACUGAUAUUAAGCUUUAUAGUGCUGGUUAUUCUGUAUGUGAGUGUCCUUGUGUUGCUCUUCCCCUCGACUUUUUGCCACUCACAUCUUGCAAAUAUUGUUGCUAUUUUGAGUUUGUAAGAUAUCGGAUGUACAUGCUUUUUAGUGAUUGUAAAUAGUGAUCAGCUGUUGAAGACAUUUGCCAAACCUUGAUCAAGGAUUGUCAAGAUGUGUGGUGGGAUUAUUGUUGGCUGGGAUGAAAGGAUCGUAAGCGCGAGCAGCGAUGGUUGUGGUGGAUUCGAGGUAUAUGGCAGUUGGUGUUGGCACGAGAGGUUUUGAGUAGUUGGUUGGUUGUUGUUAGUGAUUAGGGCAUUUUCAAGGAGGGGAUGGAUUACAUCGUGAGAGGUGAGUGAAGAAACAAAGUUGGGAACAUUUUGGAGGAAUGGGUUUAAUUGGGAUUGUGAUUCAUAGCUUCGGUUUAGUUUAAAUGGGCUAUGUCUGUGAGCCUUUUAAGUUUGGGUUAAACCGCGGAGUAUUGGGUUGUGGUGAGUCCUAGCUUAAAAGGCCAGGGUAUCGGCUUGGGUUGGAGAUGUGAAAUUGGACCGUGGUUUUGAAGGUAUUGUAAUGGCCUUUUCCACUGUGAUCAUUUCAGGAGGGAGGUUGUGCGCUUGAUGCACAAUAACGAUGUGUUGAACUCCAUUUUGGAUAUAGCUUUUGACAGAGUCCAUUGCUUUAGUGCAAGUUGUUUCUCCUUGAUUGGCCAUGGUCUAUGUUGAUAUAUCCUUAGCUUUAAUUCCUCAUUCGCACAGAGUUCAGCAAGCUAAAGCAGCAUACUACAAUCGAAAGGAAUCCAAAAACAAGCUGCAUGUCUACAGCUGAACCACCGGGUACCACCAAAUGAGGGAGAGAUAAACAUCAAACUUUGAUGCAGCUGUGUUGCAGGUUGCUGCAGCUAACCUGUCAAUAGUCUCCAGGACAAAUCCCCUGGUUGUAGAAACUUUAGCUGCAAGCAAUCUGGGAGCUUUGUCAUUUUGGAAGGAGAUUCACAAACUGUUAUACAUGCUGCAAUGCUUACUCAUGUAGAACCUCACUGGUCCAUCUCCAUGCUAAUGUAACAUAGGACGGUUACAUCAUGGGACAAAGUUGACGUAUUGUAAU